CUUGGCCACACUUAUCAUGACAGUACACAGCCCUAAAUGCAGAGCGCAGAUUAAUGAGCAUGACUGCAUCUGCCGUCAAUCAGCCGCCUGCAGUGUCAUCGAUAUGAAUGUUGGCUAAUUGAUACAGCCAUAUUUGUGAAAGGGAAAGUGAGAGAGAGGUGUUUGGCUCCAAAUCCUCUUAGUGGCAUUAUGCUGAGCCUUGUUCUAGCCUUGACAAGCGGGGCGCCCUCGUAGCCCCCCCACCCCCCUCCCCCCAACCAUACUCGGCGUCUCUUGAGUGGCUCAGGUGGCUUGAAGUGAAGCUCGCUCACGGGGAAGAACAGCCGAGCAGUAGGUGGAAGUCGGCCACCAUAAGAUGAAACGUUUGGACUCAUAAAUGGAUGUCUUUUCUCCACAUAGCAGAAGAGGAACCAUGAAGGACUGCAUAUGACGACAUUUGCUUUUUUGACAUGAGGACAAUAAUUGUGGCCCCUCGCCCGGGGAGAUUUAGACGUAGUCGCGUCCUCUUUUUGACCUUAAGUGUGCUCUUGUGCUUUUUCUACAUGCUGACCCUGAAAGCCAAGCUGUCAAAACUCAGAGUCUCCAUCCAUACGCGGGACAUAUUGGAAGAAAAAGGACUGGAUGAUGGUGCUGUAGAAGUCAGCUUUCGAGAGUUCACAGCACCCAAUGCAACACAGGAGCGGGUCCCGGCACCGAAGAGUACGCAACCCACUUUGGUUAUCGUCAACAGGACAGAUAUUGAGCAGUGUAUUUAUGUGGAACCGCAACCUCCCAAACCUCCACCAACCACCACAGCACCCACUCCACUCCAGCCGCCGCACAGAAAGGGCGAGUACCCGGAGGACAUCUUCACGGUGGAACAGCGACGCCAAGGCUGGGUGGUUCUGCAUGCCGUUGGGAUGAUUUAUAUGUUUGUGGCCCUCGCUAUAGUUUGCGAUGAAUUUUUCGUUCCCGCUCUGGAGGUCAUCACAAACAAGCUGGACAUCUCCGACGAUGUGGCCGGUGCCACCUUCAUGGCCGCCGGCGGCUCGGCCCCAGAGCUUUUCACCUCCGUGAUUGGCUGUUUUGUCUCCCACAGCAACGUGGGCAUCGGCACAAUCGUGGGCUCGGCCGUCUUCAACAUCCUCUUCGUGAUCGGCAUGUGUGCCAUCUUCUCUCGGGAGGUGCUGCACCUGACCUGGUGGCCGCUCUUCCGGGACGUGUUCUUCUACAUCCUGGACCUCAUCAUGCUCAUCAUCUUCUUCCUGGAUAACACAAUGAUGUGGUGGGAGAGCGUCAUGUUGGUGCUGGGCUACAUCAGCUACGUGUGCUUUAUGAAAUUCAACAGUCAGAUUGAGCGUGUGGUCAAGACACAACUCAACAAGCACGUGAGCGUCGUCCAAGUGUGGACCACUGAUGAGCCCGAUAAGGAGAGCGAACCCUCGCCGCCUUCUCCACCUCCCCUUCCACCUGCUGCUACUCCUGCUGCCGUGUCGAAUGAGGAGGAGAAAUCGAGACCGCAAUCGGAGCCACCUCAGAGCUCUUUAAUGAGCAAACCGUCAAAUCUCCAAGAGGACAAAGCCAAACUCAGGGUGCGUCCCGCCCUGCAGCGAGGCGGGAGCUCGGCCUCCCUCCACAACACCUCGCUGAGGAGCACCAUCUUCCAGAUGAUGAUCCACACACUGGACCCUCUGGGGGAAGAGACGUCCUUUAACGGUGAUGUCAGAGCAGAGGGCUUUAUGCAGAAGAAAGCAAAUAACAAAGUAAAGCCUCUGAAUGUCCCUGACACAGGCAAGUCACAUUACUUGGAAGGUCCAGAUAACGAUCACAAGCCAAACUGUGAGCCGUCUGCGCCUGCUACAGCGGCAGAGGAGCCGUCCACCUCCCAGCCCCGAGCCGAGCAUGAGACAAAGAACGUGACGGGCGAGCAGGCUGGCUCAAAGGACAGCUCAAGCGGCCGAAGUGGCGAUGAGAGCAGUGACGCAGAUAGCAGUGUAUCGAGUGAAACUGAGGAUGAUGAUGGAGAUGAGGAGGAAGAGGAGGAGAAGGAGCCCUUGUCUUUAGAUUGGCCAGAAAGCAGACGCAAGCAGGCCACUUACCUCCUCCUGCUGCCCAUCGUGUUCCCACUGUGGCUCACGCUGCCUGACGUCCGCAACCCGACAUCCAAGAAAUACUUUGCCUUGACAUUUCUUGGCACAAUCCUGUGGAUUGCCGUUUUCUCUUACCUGAUGGUAUGGUGGGCUCAUCAGGUGGGUGAGACGAUAGGUAUCUCCGAGGAAAUCAUGGGCCUCACCAUCCUGGCGGCCGGUACAUCCAUUCCUGACCUCAUCACAAGCGUGAUUGUGGCCCGCAAAGGUCUGGGAGACAUGGCUGUGUCCAGCUCAGUUGGCAGUAACAUCUUUGACAUCACUGUGGGUUUGCCCGUCCCAUGGCUGUUGUACUCCCUGUUGCACGGUGGCCAGCCAGUGACCGUCAGCUCCAACGGCCUGUUCUGCGCCAUCGUGCUGCUCUUCCUUAUGCUCCUCUUCGUCAUCAUCUCCAUCGCCACAUGUCAGUGGAAGAUGAGCCGGACGCUCGGCCUCACAAUGUUCGUGCUCUACUUUGUGUUCCUCGUCCUCAGUGUUCUGCUGGAGGACCGCGUCCUCGUCUGCCCCAUCUCCAUAUAACGUGUGACCCAGCGCGUCGUCGAGCAAGGAUCAUGUGCAAAAAUAUCAUCACGUCCUUUUUAAUAUUAGGCUACUACAGUACUCGUUUGAAAUUGGGUAGAUAAGCGACACAAAAUGAAACAAAUGAGCAGUGGUACCUUGACGUACAAGAUCGAAAGUCACAAGCUGAGGCACUCAGGCACUAGAUGGCGAAAGCGAACUUUACAACUACCAUUAGUUCACAUUGGUUACUUUGUCAAGGUCGGCCCAAGCAAAAAAAGUUGCAAAAACUGGUUAAUUCUUUACAAUCUCUUAUUAGUUUUUUAAAACUACAAUACUGUUGAGUGCUUAUUUAAAAAAAAUAUUCGGGAACAAGAACGAAUUAAUGGCAUUUGCAUUCAUUUCAAAGGGGACAGUUGAUUUGAAAUAUUUUUUUGCCACUCGUAUUCAAGGUACCAUUGUACUCAAAAUAUAAGACGCGGCAUGCAGCCAUGUCAUGAUGCAUUGACUGUACAAAUGUUGAACAUGCACAUUUGUGAGGGACUACUUACAAAGGCCAACUACAGCAUAAUACAGCUAAUGGUUCUAUACUAAAACUCCGUCUUGUAGAAAACGGACGCUUGUUUGUGUCAUGUCUUGUUAAACUCACUUGUUGAAAUGA